UUAUUUACUGACGCUCAUCACGUACGCUUACAGUCGAUCAUCGUUAGCAGACAGUGAAGGUUACCUGCUUCAACAGUGCUUGAACGGCAACCUUACAACUGUCUAAAAAGUCAUUUAUUUAAAAAAUAGCAUAUUUUCAGCUUUCCAUCGAGAAACUGCGAAGUUAUCCAGCACGCUUUGCUUAGAGCUAAUUGUUUUGCUAACAACGCAACCAACCGAAGGACACCACCGCAGUACGAACCAUGACUUCCCAGGUGAGGCAAAACUACCACCAGGACUGCGAGGCUGCCAUCAACAGGCAGAUCAACCUGGAGCUGUACGCCUCCUAUGUCUACCUGUCUAUGGGUUACUACUUUGACCGGGAUGAUCAGGCAUUGCACAACUUUGCCAAGUUCUUCCGUGAUCAGUCCCACGAGGAGCGUGAGCAUGCUGAAAAGCUAAUGAAACUGCAGAACCAGAGGGGAGGAAGGAUCUUCCUGCAGGACAUCAAGAAGCCCGACAGGGACGAGUGGGGUAGCGGAGUCGAAGCUCUUGAAUGUGCCCUCCAGCUGGAGAAGAGUGUGAACCAGUCACUGCUGGACUUGCACAAGCUCUGCUCCACUCACAAUGACCCACAUCUGUGCGAUUUCAUCGAGACUCAUUACCUUGAUGAGCAGGUGAAGUCCAUCAAAGAAUUGGGAGACUGGGUGAGCAACCUGCGCCGCAUGGGAGCUCCUCAGAACGGCAUGGCAGAGUACCUGUUUGACAAACACACUCUGGGCAAAGAAAGCAGCUAAAUCCGUCCAGAACGUUGCAAAGGCUCCCAUCUAUGGACAUUUAUAUCUUGCUUAAGUUUUAUAACAACUGCUGCUUGAAAUUGGCCAUUAUAUUCACAUUGUAGCUCAACAGUUAUUUGAAACACCUUUUGGAUUUGUAGAUGUAGUCGCUGCAUGUUUGCUGUCUUGUUUUAAACAAAGUGAGAUCAAAUAAAUCCAACCCUCUGGAUUUUCA